ACUUAAAUGUUCAUGUUGAUUGAAAGCAAUACCACUAUAUUUCACUGCAAAAUGUUUCCACAUCUUCUGUGUACACUUCUGCUGUGGGGAUCGACGUUUUCUGACACAACCGUCACAAUCUACAACGAGUGGCUUUCCCAGGGUGGACGUGUCAAUUAUGAAGUUGAACGAUGGAACAACGUUAAUGGGCUCACCAAAAUUAACCUAAUUCCAAAUAUGAAAUCUAUCCGAGCGGUUCCUGGACGGUGGGUGAACAGAGACUACAGGGAAAGUCUCUUUCCAAAUUGGCCUCAAAGCCCAAGUCACCAUGGUUAUCCGGACCCUAAGUAUCUCCAGGACCAAUCACUCCAGAGGAGGACAUUUCUAACAUAUCUCCGACAACUGCAAAACUAUGGGCAUCAGAUCGACAACAUGAUCUGGGAAAUGAAAGGUCUGUACUGGCCCAACUGGAUAGAUAAAUCUCACCACCAAGGUAAAUUCCCAAACAAUGUUGCUGCUGCAUCAGAGUUUGUGUCGCUGAUGGUCCAGAGCUGCAAGGAUUACACAGGAGGACGCCUUCCCGCUAUUUUUGAAGUCAUCAAUGAACCUGAUUGGGACGAACAGUAUAUUGACCCACAAACGAAUGUAAACUACCACAGGGCUGUUGCAGACAAACUGAAAUCAAGAUUUGGAAUGAAAGUUGCUGGACCAUCAUACACGAGUAUGGCCUUACGACAAUCAGAUGAAAACAACUUCAGCUCUUGGAAGAGAACUGCUAAGUUUCUGGACAUGUCUCUUGAUCACUUGGACUAUUUCUCUUUCCAUUCUUACAAUCAUCUGCAUAAUCUAUCGAGCAACGCCUACUUCGGCAUCAACGAAGCUCGUCUGUUUGCUUCUCUUGACAUGGUUGAGAAUUACUCUCAUCUGAAGAAAGGCAAAAAGGUUGAGUUAGUAAACACUGAAUUUGGGGUUGGUCUACUUACCCUUGGCAUUGGACCCAGUGUUGAAAAUGGAAGGACUCAGUUUCACACCAUUUAUCAAGCAAAUGGUUUCAUGUUUUCUUUCCUUAACCUGAGAGAGUUCAUGGACAGAGCUACAAUAUAUCUCCUCACAAAUGAACAAUACCCAGGUCACACUUCCCUUCGAAAUUCUUUAUUUACCACUGACGGUCACAGCCUUCAGGCCACCAAAUUCUUCACGUUUUGGAAAUAUUUUAUUGAUGAUCAAAAGUUUCUAAGGCUGUCUAGUCAAUACGAUGGGCAGGAGAGAAUAGUUUCACCUCUUGCCCUUGCAAACCCUCACAACAAAGAGAUAGUAGUUCUUCUCCACAACUUUGGUAGUAAAUCUGAGAAUGUAAAACUAGACUUUUCAAACAACUGGAUCAACCCUUCUACAGGUGAACAGACAUGUAUUGUGUUCGAAAAUGGUAAGCCAGCUGUUCACCCCAAUACCCAUUUUGACAGGUCUAAGCUUCAUGGCAGUGUCAGUCUUCCUGGAUUGUCAACCUGCUUCUACAAGUUUGAAACCAGCUACAACUUUGCUGGACUUCACACGAACAACCAGAACACAUACUAUGGCAAGGAAAUGAUCAUCCCUAUCAGCAACGGACAUGCGCAGACAACCAUCAGUGUACCGAGCUCUGGCUACCAUGAGGCUUAUCUUAGAGUUGGAAUCAGCCGAGUCAAGAAUGCUAAUACAGAACCUAAGGCAGUUAUGUUCAAUGGCCAUAGGUUGUCUUCAAGCUACAUGCUGUUUGAUUCUAUGAAGACUGAGGGGAAAACGAAAUGGAAUGUGUGGGAGUUCAUGGUCCCUCAUUCUUGGGUCCACGCAACAAACACCGUGACCUUCACUUUUGAUGGGAACGGUGGCCACGUAACAUCCGUUGCACUCGUUGCUGGAAAACUUCAGUGAAUAAAUUCUCCUUGAGAAUCAA